AUGCCGCGGGAAAUCAUAACGCUCCAGCUCGGACAAUGUGGAAAUCAAAUUGGUUUUGAGUUUUGGAAGCAGCUGUGUGCAGAGCAUGGCAUCAGUCCAGAGGGGAUUGUUGAGGAGUUUGCAACUGAAGGGACUGACAGAAAGGACGUGUUCUUCUAUCAGGCUGAUGAUGAGCACUACAUCCCCCGCGCAGUUCUCCUAGAUUUGGAGCCGAGGGUGAUCCACUCCAUCCUCAACUCGCCUUAUGCCAACCUGUACAACCCAGAGAACAUCUACCUGUCUGAGCACGGUGGAGGUGCUGGGAACAACUGGGCUAGUGGAUAUUCACAGGGCAAAAAAAUCCAGGAAGACAUCUUUGACAUCAUUGACCGGGAGGCAGAUGGCAGCGACAGUCUGGAGGGGUUUGUCCUGUGUCAUUCCAUUGCUGGGGGGACGGGCUCGGGGCUGGGAUCCUAUCUGCUGGAAAAACUCAAUGACAGGUACCCAAAGAAGCUGGUGCAGACUUACUCUGUUUUCCCAAACCAGGAUGAGAUGAGUGACGUGGUCGUUCAGCCGUACAACUCGCUGCUCACACUGAAGAGGCUCACCCAGAAUGCAGACUGCGUGGUGGUAUUGGAUAACACGGCCCUAAAUCGCAUCGCCACUGACAGGCUGCAUAUCCAGAACCCGUCGUUCUCCCAGAUCAAUCAGCUGGUUUCUACCAUCAUGUCUGCAAGCACAACGACCUUGCGUUACCCAGGCUACAUGAACAACGACCUUAUUGGCCUGAUUGCAUCCCUCAUUCCCACACCCCGCCUCCACUUCCUUAUGACCGGGUACACACCACUUACUACUGACCAGUCGGUUGCUAGUGUGAGGAAAACCACAGUGCUGGAUGUGAUGAGGAGGCUUCUGCAACCCAAGAACGUGAUGGUGUCUACAGGAAGAGAGAGGCAGCCAAGCCACUGCUACAUCGCCAUCCUUAACAUCAUCCAGGGAGAGGUCGACCCCACACAGGUGCAUAAAAGCCUCCAAAGGAUCCGGGAGCGUAAACUUGCCAGCUUCAUUCCCUGGGGUCCCGCCAGCAUUCAGGUGGCUCUGUCCAGGAAGUCACCAUACCUGCCCUCGGCCCACAGAGUCAGCGGCCUGAUGAUGGCCAACCACACAAGCAUCUCCUCUCUGUUUGAGCGGACGUGCCGGCAGUACGACAAACUGCGUAAGCGUGAAGCCUUCCUGGAGCAGUUCCGCAAAGAGGACAUAUUCAAGGACAACUUUGAUGAGCUGGACAACUCUCGCGAAGUGGUUCAGCAGCUGGUGGAUGAGUACAGUGCAGCCACGCGGCCUGACUACAUUUCCUGGGGCACGCAAGAACAGUGAACUGACUUUUUGUCUUGAAUCUCAACUACAGCCCAGUCAGCAUACAUGCUUAGCUGGUUUAUUCUCAUUGACCUUACGUCCCUUCUUCACUUUCAAUUUUCUCCCACAUAUAGAUGUCCCAAAACAGACAGGCAUUUGGCUAUAGCUGCUUCUCUGAAAAAAAUAUUUAUUGGCUUGUUAUAGCAUUAUGUAGUAUAGUAUGCGUGUGUCUAGAAUCUCGAGGGAUGAGUGUUAACAGCCACUGUUAUUAUCAUAACCAAAUUGUAAAAUGGACUGGACUGUAUCACAUCCUGGAGUGAUGUUUAAAUAGUUUAAAUAAAACAGUCCUUACCUGUAACUCCAGUGAGGGAAAAAGUUAAAGUUCUUUUUUUGCAAGUCUUGUGCAGAAAGCAUUUUGUACAAAACACUCUAUAAAUGUUAAUAGUUGUUUUUUUUUUCCUUUUGCUAAACUCAGCUUUCCUGCCUUGUAGCCUAUUUUUUCCAGCAAUGUCAGACAACCCGUUGCCUUGUUUUGGUCUAUUUUUAUACCGAGUAAAGUACUUAAGUUUUGUGCUGUUGAUUUACAGUGAAACAUCCAUCGCCUACAAUAUGAUUGCCUUGAAUAAGGAGAGUAAGAUUGACAGAAUGUGUUGUAUGGAGGGUUAAUGCAGGUUCUUUCAUCCAAGACAUUUCUGUCAUGGUGCGUUGUACCGUCUGCUGCUGAUACACAUUGCUCAUUUGUUACCACUGUACAUGACCAACAGGAAUGUCAAGUUUAAGUUGGGCUUGAGCCAAAAAUUAUGUUAAAACACCUGCUAUAUAAAUGGUGUAGACAUUUUAACAUUAUUUGCCACCUACAUUAGAGAAAGUAACAGUUUGCACAGAUUAACAUGGUGUACAAGGAUGGAUUUCAUUUGAACAGUUCAUUUCUAUACCUGUAAAUAUACUUUGAAGAAUAUCUGGUUCACUGGCACUCUCUGUAUCGUCUGAAAUGAAUAUACUGUUUGAUGUUGCUUUGCUUGUUGGACCUGUUUGAAAUGAUGAAUAAACACAUUUUCUAUUA